CCCAAAUUAGGGUUUCNAAAUAAAAAAAAAAAAAAAAAAAAGAAAUGGAAGGCAGCAAAAGCGAGGCAGUGUUCGAGUCCAUGGAUCUGAAUCCUCAGCUUUUCAUCAACGAUGCUAUCAACACCGUCGAAGACUACGUCGACGUAGCCUUUGAAUUCUAUGGCCAAGAAGCAUCCAAAAUUCUCAAAAUCGAUGGAUCUGAUCCAACAAAGUCCCAAGAUUUAUCAAACAGUAUAGAACGUGUUCGUGGUUUGAUUCAAUCGGUUAUGGACAAGCGUAUGAAGAUGUGGGAAGUCUAUUGUGUUAAAUACUGUUUCGCAGUUCCUGAUGGAUUUGUUCUGCCAAAGACUAAGGAGGAUUCGUCGUCUGUUUACUCUGACCAGGAAAUGAAAGGUGGGUUAUAUGACCAGGAUUUGGAUGCACAGUUGAAUUCUUUAAGGGAUAAGCUUAAUUUGGUAGGAAAGAGGUCUGCUGAACUCGACUCUGAGCUCCAGGCUUUAGAAAGAGCUUCGGUUUCGAGGGAACAGUCUGUGAGGCUCGUUAAUGAGGCUUUGGAGGUUUAUGAUGAGUCUUCUGUUGGUGAAAUGUUCCAAGAGAUGGCAAAAGUUGCAUCAGAACUUCGUGCAAGGGUCGAUACGCUGAAAACAAGAAGAAUGAAAGCCAGUGAAAGCGCUAAAGUAGAGAGGCUGAAUAACCAUGGCAAAGAGUUUUCGGCAAUGACUUCUGAUGGAAAGCUUGAAGACCUCGAAAAGUUUCAGGCCGAGUUAAGGAAGAUGUAAACCUCUGCAGGAAAACAAUUGUGAUUUGUCAAGGAUAAUGUCUCUUAACUGACUUGACACAUCUGCUCUUUAAAGACUACGUCGUUUCAGGCUUACCAAACGGGUCACUUGUCCUGGCUUUAAAUGUUUUCAUUAAAAAAGUUCAUCCUUAUGAGUGAGAACUCAAGAAUUAGAGCAACUAACCAGAUUACCAGAAAAAAAAAUUCGGUAUAACAUUUUGUGUAUAAAAUGUAUUUAAUUGCAACGUUCCCUUCUAAGAUAUACACAUUUUUUUUUUUCACCAUUUCUUUUUCUA